UAGGCUGCACCUGCACUGGGCACACCUUGGGAUUUCUGGCUGGAUCCGCUGGAGGGUAGGAUGGCCUAGCUGGGAAUGCUGCUGCCUGGACUAAAAUCCGGAGCUGCUGCCUGAAGCCCGUUCAAGGGGGAACUGAAGCUCUCACGCUGCUUCUUCUUCUGGUGGUGGUGGUAUUGGGGUCCAAGUGCCUUCUCCGCCCUUACGGGGGUAUCUGGAAGAAGGUCCACAAAGUGGUAUCUGGGUGUCAAAAACUUUCAUCCCUCAAGAGAGAAGGAGUAGUUCUUUGGAUCUUGUUGGAGGCUGCCCUGGAGCACAGAUUAAAGAUGGGAAAGAAAGAUUCUGCUGGCCUUGAUGCAGGAAACAGCCCUGAUGCCACCCAGGCAGUGGGGGAUUCUGAGAAUAGUGGGGGAUUCUGGGAAAGGACCACACAGAAGAUCGUGAGUGGCUACCAGGAUGCCAAGGGCCCCCAAGAGAUUUUUAACCAACAGAACAACUUUUGCAGUCAAUGGGUAAUGCCAGAAAAAAACACGAAAAAUCAGACCAUGGACCUGGUGGUCCUGGCAAGGUUCCAGCCCACCCUACCACAGGAGAUGAAGAGCUGGGUCAGGGAAUACAGAGCGAAGAAUAGUUCCCAGGUGGUGGCCCUGGCACAAGGUUUGAGCCAGGCAGAGAAGAAGAAGGAAGAGCAACAGAUUCCAGGACUGUUGUCAGAAGCAGCUCCUGGUUUCUCCGAGGCAGAGAGGGCUCCAUUGGAUGUCAAGCAGAGGCCGUUGUCCAGGUGGACCUUGCAGGAAGUUGGUGGAGCUUCCACCUUGCUGGGUACUGGAACGACUCUGUCAAUGGAUUGUCGGCCAUCUUUUCUUGCUGUUGGAAUGGAAGAGGAUUCAAUGCAAGCAGAUCAAGCUCUGGUGACCUUUGAGGAGGUGGCUGUGCAUUUCACGGAGGAGGAGUGGGCUCUGUUGGAUCAAGACCAAAGAGCCCUGCACAGGGAAGUCAUGGAGGAGAAUUAUGAGAAUGUGUCCUCUCUGGCAGGUGCCAGUUGGGAUAUUGAGAAUGAGGGAAACUGCCACAGAGGAUUGUUGGCUGGUGCUGGAAGAACACAGAAGGAACAGCAAAGAAUAAAAACUCAGGUCAAGCAGAAGAGGAGGAAUGGAUCUCCUGCUUCUCCUCAUGAUGAAUUGCAUACAAUCACAAUACUGGGGGGAAAGGAGAACGUAGUAGAGAAGACUCUUUGCCCUUUCUACAGGUGGAGCUUCAGUUCUGAAUCCAGCCUUCAACCUCAUGAGAAUAUACAUACAGAGGAGAAACCAUACAAAUGCUUGGAAUGUGGGAAAAGCUUCAGUCAAAGUGCACAUCUCACUUCACACCAAGGGAUUCACACAGGAGAGAAACGAUAUAGAUGCUUGGAGUGUGGGAAGGGUUUCAGUCGCAGCUCAAACCUGACUUCACACCAAAGGAUUCACACAGGAGAGAAACCAUAUACAUGCUUGGAGUGUGGAAAGAGCUUCAGUCAAAGGGCACAUCUCACUGUACAUCAAAGGAUUCACACAGGAGAGAAACCAUAUACAUGCUUGGAAUGUGGAAAGAGCUUCAGUGUGAGUUCACACCUCAAUACACAUCAAAGGAUUCACAUGGGAGAGAAACCAUAUAGAUGUUUUGAGUGUGGAAAGGCCUUCAGUAAAAGUACAGGUCUCACUGUACAUCAAAGGAUUCACACAGGAGAGAAACCAUAUACAUGCUUGGAGUGUGGAAAGAGCUUCCUUCGAUCUGACUCCCUCACUUCACACCAAAGGAUUCACACAGAAGAGAAACCGUAUAGAUGCUUUGAGUGUGGAAAGGCCUUCAGUAAAAGUACAGAUCUCACUGUACAUCAAAGGAUUCACACAGGAGAGAAACCAUAUACAUGCUUGGAGUGUGGAAAGAGCUUCCAUCAGAGCUCAGGUCUGACUACACACCAGAGAAUUCACACAGGAGAAAAACCUUAUACAUGCUUGGAAUGUGGAAAGAGCUUCAGUGUGAGUUCACACCUCAAAACACAUCAAAGGAUUCACACAGGAGAGAAACCAUAUAUAUGCUUGGAGUGUGGAAAGAGCUUCCGUUAUAGAUCAGGCCUGAUUUCACACCAAAGGAUUCACACGGUAGAGAAACCAUAUAAAUGUUUGCAGUGUGGUAAGGGUUUCAUUCAGAUUGGAUAUCUCACUACACAUCAAAGGAUUCACACAGGAGAGAAACCAUAUACAUGCUUGGAGUGUGGAAAGAGCUUCUUUCAUCGAGUAAGGCUGACUUUACAUCAAAGGAUUCACACAGGAGAGAAACCAUAUAGAUGCUUGGAAUGUGGAAAGGGCUUCAGACACAACAGAAACCUGACUUCUCAUCAAAAGACUCUUUGCCCUUUCUACAGGAGGAGCUUCAGUUCUCAAUCUAGUCUUCAACCUCAUGAGAAUAUACAUACAGAAGAGAAACCAUACAAAUGCUUGGAAUGUGGGAAAAGCUUCAGUCAAAGUGCACAUCUCACUUCACACCAGAGGAUUCACACAGGAGAGAAACGAUAUAGAUGCUUGGAGUGUGGGAAGGGUUUCAGUCGCAGCACAAACCUGACUUCACACCAAAGGAUUCACACAGGAGAGAAACGAUAUAGAUGCUUGGAGUGUGGAAAGGGUUUCAGUCGCAGCACAAACCUGACUUCACACCAAAGGAUUCACACAGGAGAGAAACCAUAUACAUGCUUGGAGUGUGGAAAGAGCUUCCGUGAGAGCUCAAGCCUGACUACACACCAGAGAAUUCACACAGGAGAAAAACCUUAUACAUGCUUGGAAUGUGGAAAGAGCUUCAGUGUGAGUUCACACCUCAAUACACAUCAAAAGAUUCACACUGGAGAGAAACCAUAUAAAUGCUUUGAGUGUGGAAAGGCCUUCAGUACAAGUACAGAUCUCACUGUACAUCAAAGGAUUCACACAGGAGAGAAACCAUAUACAUGCUUGGAGUGUGGAAAGAGCUUCUGUCAGAGCUCAGGCCUGACUACACACCAGAGAAUUCACACAGGAGAAAAACCUUAUACAUGCUUGGAAUGUGGAAAGAGCUUCAGUUAUAGAUCAGGCCUGAUUUCACACCAAAGGAUUCACAUGGGAGAGAAACCAUAUAAAUGUUUGCAGUGUGGUAGGGGUUUCAUUCAGAUUGAAUAUCUCACUACACACCAAAGGAUUCACACAGCUGAGAAACCAUAUACAUGCUUGGAGUGUGGUAAGGGCUUCAGUCGAAGUAAAUAUCUCACUUCACACCAGAUGGUUCACACAGGGAAGAAACCAUAUAGGUGCUUGGAGUGCGGAAAGGGCUUCAGACAGAACAGAAGCCUGACUUCUCAUCAAAAGCUUCAUACUAAGGAGAAACCAUACAAAUGCUUGGAAUGUGGGAAAAGCUUCAGUCAAAGUGCACAUCUCACUUCACACCAAGUGAUUCACACAGGAGAGAAACGAUAUAGAUGCUUGGAGUGUGGAAAGAGCUUCAGUCGCAGCACAGACCUGACUUCACACCAAAGGAUUCACACAGGAGAGAAACCAUAUAGAUGCUUGGAGUGUGGAAAGAGCUUCAGUCACAGCACAAGCCUGACUUCACACCAAAGGAUUCACACAGGAGAAAAACCAUAUAGAUGCUUGGAGUGUGGAAAGAGCUUCAGUCACAGCACAAGCCUGACUAGACACCAGAGAAUUCACACAGGAGAAAAACCAUAUACAUGCUUGGAGUGUGGAAAGAGCUUCAGUCACAGCACAAGCCUGACUACACACCAGAGAAUUCACACAGGAGAAAAACCUUAUACAUGCUUAGAAUGUGGAAAGAGCUUUAGUGUGAGUUCACACCUCAACACACAUCAAAGGAUUCACAGUGGAGAGAAACCAUAUACAUGCUUGGAGUGUGGAAGGAGCUUCAGUCGCAGCACAAACCUGACUACACACCAGAGAAUUCACACAGGAAAAAAACCUUAUACAUGCUUGGAAUGUGGAAAGAGCUUCAGUGUGAGUUCACACCUCAAUACACAUCAAAGGAUUCACAGGGGAGAGAAACCAUAUACAUGUUUGGAGUGUGGAAAGAGCUUCCAUCGAUCUGACUCCCUCACUUCACACCAAAGGAUUCACACAAGAGAGAAAUCAUAUACAUGCUUGGAGUGUGGAAAGGGCUUCAGUAAAAAUACAGAUCUCACUGUACAUCAAAGGAUUCACACAGGAGAGAAACCAUAUACAUGCUUGGAGUGUGGAAAGGGCUUCAGUAAAAGUACAGAUCUCACUGUACAUCAAAGGAUUCACACAGGAGAGAAACCAUAUACAUGCUUGGAGUGUGGAAAGAGCUUCCAUCAGAGCUCAGGCCUGACUACACACCAGAGAAUUCACACAGGAGAAAAACCUUAUACAUGCUUGGAAUGUGGAAAGAGCUUCAGUGUGAGUUCACACCUCAAUACACAUCAAAGGAUUCACAGGGGAGAGAAACCAUAUACAUGCUUGGAGUGUGGAAAGAGCUUCCAUCGAUCUGACUCCCUCACUUCACACCAAAGGAUUCACACAAGAGAGAAAUCAUAUACAUGCUUGGAGUGUGGAAAGGGCUUCAGUAAAAGUACAGAUCUCACUGUACAUCAAAGGAUUCACACAGGAGAGAAACCAUAUACAUGCUUGGAGUGUGGAAAGGCCUUCAGUAAAAGUACAGAUCUCACUGUACAUCAAAGGAUUCACACAGGAGAGAAACCAUAUACAUGCUUGGAGUGUGGAAAGAGCUUCCAUCAGAGCUCAGGCCUGACUACACACCAGAGAAUUCACACAGGAGAAAAACCUUAUACAUGCUUGGAAUGUGGAAAGAGCUUCAGUUAUAGAUCAAGCCUGAUUUCACACCAAAGGAUUCACAUGGGAGAGAAACCAUAUAAAUGUUUGCAGUGUGGUAAGGGUUUCAUUCAGAUUGGAUAUCUCACUACACACCAAAGGAUUCACACAGCUGAGAAACCAUAUACAUGCUUGGAGUGUGGAAAGAGCUUCAGUUAUAGAUCAGGCCUGAUUUCACACCAAAGGAUUCACACGGGAGAGACAUAUCUCACUUCACACCAGAUGGUUCACACAGGGGAGAAACCAUAUAGGUGCUUGGAGUGCGGAAAGAGCUUCUUUCUUAGAGUAAGCCUGACUUUACAUCAAAGGAUUCACACAGGAGAGAAACCAUAUAUUUGCUUGGAAUGUGGAAAGGGCUUCAGACACAACAGAAACCUGACUUCUCAUCAAAAGCUUCAUACUAGUGUUCCCAUAUAAAUGCCUGCCGUGUGGGAAGAGCUUUGGUUGGAGACAUUCCCUAAUUUAAGAAUAUAAGAACAGCCCUGCUGGAUCAGGCCCAUGGCCCAUCUAGUUCAGCAUACUGUUUCACACAGUGGCCCACCAGAUGCUCCUAGCAGCCCACUGGCAGAAGUUGAGGGCAUGCCCUCUCUCCUGCUGUUACUCCCCUGUAACUGGUUUUCAGCGGCAUCCUGCCUUUGAGGCUGGAGGUGAGCCAUAGCCCUCAGAGUAGUAGUCAUUGAAAGACCUCUGCAUUAAAUUAUCCAAAUGCCUCUUAAAGCCAUCCAGGUUGUUGGCUGUCACCGCCUCUUGUGGCAGAGAAUUCCACAAGUUAAGUAUGCGUUGUGUGAAAAAGUACUUCUGUUUGCUGGUUCUAAAAUUCUUGGCAAUCAAUUUCUUGGGAUGACCCCUGGUUCUAGUGUUAUGGGAGAGGGAGAACAAUUUCUCUCUAUACACUUUUUCCACACCAUGCAUGAUUUUUUAGACCUCUGUCGUGUCUUCACGCAGUCAUCUUUUUUUCUAAACUAAAAAGCCCCAGGUGUUGUAGCCUUGCCUCAUAAGGAAGGUGCUCUAGGCCCUGAACUUCUUGGUUGCCCUCUUUCCCAGUUCUACAAUGUCCUUCUUAAGAUAUGGUGAUCAGAAUUUUACUCAGUCCUCCCAAGUGUGGCCACACCAUAGUUUUAUUAUAAUAUUAGCAGCUUUAUUUUCAAUCCCUUUCCUUAUUGUCCCUCGCAUGGAAUUGGCCUUUUCCACAUCUGCCGCACAUCUGCAAAUUUUGCCACCUCGCUGCUUACCCCAACUUCUGGAUCAUUUAUGAAUAAAUUAAAAAGCACCGGUCCCAGUACAGAUCCUUGCGGGGCCCCAAUUCUGACUUCCCUCCAUUGUGAAAACUCUCCAUUUAUACCUACCCUCUGUUUCCUGUCAUAAGAACAUAAGAACAGCACUGCUGGAUCAGGCCAAAGGCCCAUCUAGUCCAGCAUUCUGUUUCACACAGUGGCCCACCAGAUGCCGCUGGAAGCCUACAGGCAGGAGUUGAUGGCACGCCCUCCCUCUUGCUGUUACUCCCCUGCAACUGGUACUCAGAGGCAUCCUGCCUUUGAGGCUGGAGGUGGCCUAUAGCCCUCCAACUAGUAGCCGAUGAUAGACCUCUCCUCCAUAAAGUUAUCCUAACUCCUCUUUAUGCCAUCCAGGUUGUUAGCUGUCAUCACAUCUUGUGGCAGAUUUUUUCACACAACGCAUAAUCAACUUGUGGAAUUCUCUGGAAUUCUCCCUCAGACGAGGAUUGUAUCCGAGCAACAUGGGUUGUCACCACCUACUGCUCCAAGACGGGGCCAAUCAGGAAAGAUCUUGUCAGCA